AUGAUCCCGAUUUUAUUUUGGAAAGAAACAUCUUCAACUGCCACGGAAGUCUAUGCCUUAGGUGCCACUAUUGACUAUAUUUUGCCAAAGAACAAUCUAACAGAACUUGCCGAUUUGAGAGAUUUUGUGACAACAAAAAUAAGAAAUACAAAUGCAAGGAAAAGAGCCACUUAUGACGAGGUUAUUGAACGGGCCAAUGUUAUGUGGCUGAGCAAAAAAGACAAUGCCAAUUUAGGUUAUGAUUUGGAGAAAAACUUGUUUGGCUCGAAAAAAGAAUUUAAAGUCUCUUCAUACUUUAAGUGA